GCAAACCAGGGCAAGACAAACUACAUGCCUUCCUGCCUGGCUUCAACCAAGACGCUUAAAGCCCGCGGAGACUGUCCAGUGCCGGAAGCAAAAACAUGUUGUCGCAGAAGUCCUCCUUUCUCGGCGGAUUAGGCUGUAAAUCUCGAGUACAGCGCAAGUGGAUGGCUUGUAAAGCUAGGGAACUACGCGUUUGUGCACGGGUGACGGCAGAGCGCGCGGCCCUCCAGCGGUCUGGGCAGCCGUCGGCAGACGCGCCGGACUUGCCGGCGCCGCCCUAUGAGGCGAGUGUACCAUAUCAGGCCGCCAUCCACCGCCUGGAGGAGUUACUGGAGCAAGCGAGCUGGUGCUCCGAAGACGAGGCUCUGCGGCACGAGGUGUCGAGCCUGAUCCCCGAGCUCAAGCUAACGCUGGCCACCAACGUGGGCUCGCUCAUGGCGCUGACCGCAUUCGUGCUGUGCUGGGUGACGGGCGAGGACCCGCUGGGUGGCAUCACGCUGCAGGCCCGCAGCCUGGACGCGGCGGGCCUGGGCGCGGGCUACGCGGCGCCGCUGCUGCUGUGCAGUGUCCUGAGCCGGCUGGCGCCGGUGCGGGCCGCCUUCCCGGUCCUGGCGGACCUGCAGGACACCACCAGCGGCGUCGUGAAGCCCAUGACGAGUGACCUGGACAACACGCAGCUGCUGCUCCUGGCGCUGGUGCUGGUGCCGCCCGCGCUCAUGCUGCUACUGCCCACGGUGCACGGCUGCCUGGCUGUAGCGGGCGCCAUCGCGGCCACGGAUUUAACGCAGCCGCUGCCGGGGCUGGAGGGCGGCGGCAGGCAGCUGCCGUUGGAGUGGCUCGGCGCGCAGGGCUGGCUGCACGUGCCGCUGGUGGUGCGGCGGGGGCUUGGCGCGCUAGUGCCGGCCCUGUGCAGUGCGUACUAUGCCGGCCACGUGAUGUCGCGGCGCCUGGACGUGGACGUGCACCAGGCCUGGGCGCUGCGCGAGGCCUGGGCCGGCGCCGACCGCUACUUCCUCCACGCGGCUGCGGAGCGCGUCGCGGAGCGGCCCGAGAUCUUGAAGCCCGGCAGUAGCAGCAGCAGCGGCAGUAGCAGUAGCAACUGCAACAGCAGCAUGGGGGCUGCGCCGGCUGCGCCCACGGUGGUGAGGCCGGCGGCUGCGCCCACGGUGCAGGGCCUGGGCGGCCCUGUGACGACGUUCGCGAGCAUGGGCGCGGCUGACGCGGCGGACUGGGGCGCGGGGUCGGUGGCGGAGCAGCAGGAGCAGGCGGCGCCACCGGCGGGCGCGCUGCGGCAGUUGGGUGCGGACAUGGCAGAUGCGUUCAGGACGGUGUCUGCGUUGUGGAUGCUGUCGCGCCGCCGUGUGGCGCGCCUGGGCUACGUGCUGACAUGCCUCAACAUCUCCUACCUCUACAUCAUCUGGCACACCACGAAUGACCUGGCCGCGCCCAUCACAGCGGGGCUGCUGGCGGUGCUGGCGGAGCUCCUGCUCAUCCAGCAUCACGACAACGGCGGAGGCGCAAGUGGCGGCCGCCGCCGGCCCGCAGCUUCCGGCGCCGUGGGGCCGACGGACGGCCAAGGCCGCGGCGAUGGUAGCGAGUAAUGAUGGGGUACGGCGGACAUCAUGUGCGGGAUCGCGCACGGUGCUUGCGCUCGAGGCGAGGGGCCACAGAGGCGCGGUGCCCGGCAGAGCGUUGGCGAGUGGUGGGCCUGCGUGGGCGCUGCGGGGUGGGGAGGAGGGGGGCAGCCACUUCCGUGAGGGCUGGAAAUAAGAUGCACGCCAGAUGACAUGUAGGGGGAGGGUGACACGCCGUAAGGAGUACGGUGCACUGACACAGGUAGAUUGGCUGUGUCGAUAUGGAGCGCGGGCGCCUGUGGCAGUCCCCGGCUUGUUAUCGUGCUUGCUUGGGACGUGCGGCCAUUGUUGUCUUCGCACUGCACCGCAAGCACGGAAGCACCUUGCGCACUCUUACACCAGGUAACAUGAGUCCGGGGGUGCGGGUGCAAUGCACCACCAAUUUAUGAGCCGGUGAAGGGCUGUAGGCUGAUUGAUCGCCGUGCUACUGCCACUUUGCAUUGACAACAUUGGACGUGCAUCUGGUUACCUGUACCUCAUAAAGCAAACCCGGUUACACUUACGAGUGAGAUGCAGCCCGUUGCGCGCGCCCCGCCGUGGGCCUCGGGCGGAAACCGGCCAGCCGUUGUGACAUUGUUGACUUGACGCCCAUUGGCGCGGCUUGGCGCGGACAGACCAGAGGGCUUGAUCUACCAUACCCUACGUUCCGUGCUUGUUGACAUUGUGCAAAGCGCGUCAUGAAGGUUGUGUUGUUGCGAUUGUUGCGUCGUGGCCGUUGCUAGUGGUGGUAUUGGAUGACGGUGCGGGAGGGGAUGGAGACACUGUUGCUGUCGAUGCACUCAUGCGGCAGGCACGGGCGAACUGUGGGGCCGGGCCGUACAAUACCUUGUACCAAUACAUACGUGUUGAGGGCGCAACAUACAAUUUAUCUGUGGAGAAAGCGGCGGCAUAACAAAACGAACCGUAGCGGAGAAGAAGAAAAUCCACGCAUACCAAAAGGAUUUCGUUUUAUGGUGUUACACUACUCGGGUGAUGGGACGUACCAGAUUGCGGCCCCAGGAGAGAAAGGCGAGGUGGCCCACAACGCAAUGUGCCGGAUUGUGCCGACAGAAACAUACAUAUACUGUCUGCGCGUGUGCGCGCGUGUACUUGUAUCUCAUGCUGUUGUAAAGUGCUGUGGUGGUAAUGAGUGGCAAAGAGGUGGGCUCAGUUGAGCGGCGGUGAUGCUGCGCGGGCGCGCCAACGCCGUGUGCUUCAGGCACACGGCAGCUGGAGUGACGCGGCGGCGUGCGCAUGCUGCUGGGCCACGCGCCAAGGACUGUACGAGUAUGUGUUGUUGACUGUUGACCGGGAAGUGGUUGCGCAGUAUAUGAAUAUGUGUUGUUGACCGUUGACCGGGAAAUGUUGCGCAGACCGCGAAGCAGGUGCAGGUGCAUAGCUCACGCGACCGUGCGGCUGCAAGUAGCUUAUUUCUCUGGAUGGGGAAUGGAUAGAAUGAUGAAGUCGUGGGUUGGAUGGACGCUGGUGAUAAGGAAACGGCAUCUGUUGGGUGUUGUUGUUGUUGGUGGUGGUAUCCGGUGCUAGGUGCUACCGGUACCACGAUACAAGGGUCGACGUGGAGUCCUGUCUUUGCACCAGACGUGUUGAUGUAAGCAAUAUCGUACGUAGCCACGGCCGGCUCGGGGCAUCGGGAUUCACACACGACACCGCCCUGUGCGUCAAGCAAGUUGGGGCAGCGCAGAGUUCUGGGGUGAAGCGGUGCAACGGCCGGCUUGGUGUGCACGGCGAAUGUACUUGUGUGCAACGGCGGCAAGCAUUACACCGUCCACCAGGACAUACAUAAGUGGUAGCUGAUAGUGCUGGUGAGGUACAGUGCCCUCCACGGCCCCCAUGGUGUCGUAUUAGGGCCAUCCGUGGCUCUCGCCAACGCGGCGUCCCCACACGCGAACAAUGUGUUGAGCUUGCGCCUACGGUACCAAGCACAGGCGACCGCUCAGGACGGUGUAGGAGGGCUAGCGCUAAUACGACAGGAUCAACCUAUCUAGCUCCUCACAUCACGGACCUAGGCCGGACGGCUGGGGAUGGAGGACAGGAUAAGUGCCCCCCACACGCUGCAGCACAGACAUUCCCAAACACUCGCUAUCGCCAAUCCAGGCAUUGCCAAUUCGCCAUCGAUCCGGAUCAUUUCAUCAAUCCAGUGACGGCCUGCUCAGCGCAUGGCCAUGGCAUUGAUGAGGCGGUGGUAUGUUUGCUGCAGCACAAAGGUCGCAGCCAGACCGUUCUGAAGUUGCAA